AACGUAUCGUGUGUUGGCUGGUCAUACUCGAUGAUUAGGUAACGAACUGAGUGUGUUGGUGUCUACGUGUUGGUCUGUGUGGUUUAACUACACACUGUUCAUAGGACUAGACUCACAACAGACAGUUAUGGAUACGGUAUGGAUUGUUUGUAUUUGAAGCUGCUGUCAAUCAAAAAGGCCCUACUUUAAAAGGUGUUGUAGUGAUGAUGUGCACUGGAGCUUACGUCGCGCAACAGUAGCACCAAACAAUAACUUACUAUGUACCCACAAGGGUGUCCGAUGUUCUACCAAGUCCCACAACCUGGUGCCAUCUGCUACGUCCCGGCACCUGUCCCCAUAUGCCUACGCCCUCAACAACCCAGUCCAUUGCUUCAUAUGCCAAUUUUAGUACCAGUGCCGCAAGAUUUCAGCGUACCACCCCCAGGCCUAGUACAGCCUCAACCUCAAUUCGUGCCAUGUAUACAACCCUUAGCACCCCCACCCGAUGCACUUCACGUCUCGACUCACAAGCUGAAACCAACGGCUGCACCUUUUAUACCCAAGUCUCACGCCCGUUCAGCCACGGUCUCCAUCAAUCCACCUCAAGAAACAGGCAACCAAUCGGCUUCAGCCAAUGCCAGUGACGUCAAUAAUACAGAUAGCUCCGCCCCGAUCUCCAUCAAUCCCUUGCUUGAAAUUGACCUCGAUGAAAAUCCACACCAAAUUUCAGAUUUUCAGAAUGAAGGUUCACACACACCUCAGCAACAUCCUCCUUUGCUACCCACACCGCAACAACAUCAUCUUGAAAAGGCUGGUUCUUCAGUACAACACCUCCACCAUCUCGCAACUACAAAUGUAAGUUCACAAAACGAGGAAUUCCGAAAAUCGUCCAACUACACAGAUCAACGUGACGUAGUUCACAACCAACCUGAUUCAAACAGCUAUCCUUCAAAGUCUUUCUCUCCUAGCGCCCACAACACACGAUGGAAUCAGAAUGGACGAGAUUAUUCUGACACAGGAAAGUUUAGAGAGUAUGAGGCCAACUAUAGAGAAAGGCGUUAUCAAGAUGAAUGGAACAAUCAUAGAUUUCCUAGGCCCCGAGGAUAUUUUCACAGAGAUUUUGAAUACAAUAGGUAUAGCCCACGUUUUCCCCCUCACUAUAAGCCAGUACAACAGGAGUUUUAUAACAGGAAAUACAAGUACCUUUAUGAGCAUUAUUAUGAUGACGAGUAUGAAGAUUAUGAAGAGGAUGAAUUCGAAAAUAAUGAACAUGGCGGCCAUUCUCGUGUUUUUUUCAACCACGAUGACAACGGUAACCAUGGCGACGCUGGUUAUCAUAGGAGGUCGCGUGGGCGAGGUAACGGGCGAGGUGCGAGGGGAAAGAACUCCGGUCAGCAAGAGAACCAUUCCCCUGCUCCACAGCACGAGCGUCCUGUCAGUAAACGAUACAGCCAAUCAAGAAAAGGGGGAGAUAACCCAGUUAAUAAACCUCAGGAAGUUACUAACGUGGAUACGACUGAGCAGUUUUCGAAGGGAGGUAAUUCAACAAAACAAACCACUGGCCCCUUUGACGCGAAUGACAAUUUCUCUAGAAAAAAAGCAGCUCAUAAUAACACCACCACCAACAACAACAACACAUUUAGCAAUAAAGUUCAGAACAAUUUAGCCCCAGACACAAACGACGUGAACCAAAUCGACGAUACUGAAAAUUUAACAGACGACACCCAUCUUUUCCUGCUGCCAUCUCCAACACCGCCGCGGCCGAAUACCAACAACCCACGACAGCAUCGAAAUCACAACCCGCACACGAACAACGGCAAAAAACGAUAUGAUCAGAAUAGGAAAGACAAUAACCAUCACGAUAGAGGCAGCAAUGAUUCAUUUGUUAAAGAUUCCAGAACUCGGGGUUCGAAUCCCAGAGCAGCCUGGAGAGGAAGUCCAAACAGGUCAAACGUUGCUCAAAGACCACGUCCAGUCUUGGACGAAGCCGCUCUGGAACGGCAGGCCAACAACAAACGCAAUGCCAGAAAGGAGCUGGUCAUUCUAGAUGAGUACAACAGCGAUGUGAACCUGAAGAUCCAGGCCAACGGAUAUGGCGCCACGACUUCCGGUGGUUCUGACCAAUCAGGGUUCAAACUCCUGUGGGCGGAUAUAAAGGCGACACACGGAGUUCUUCAAGGGAAGGUGUUUUUUGAGGUGAAGAUUAUGGAUGCGGUGUCGGGUACUGCUGAAGAGUCAUCUGCUGUCGCUAGAGUUGGGUGGUCGCCGGAAAUAUUUUCGUUCCGGAAUUCUAAAGGAUGCUGGAGUUUGGGGUAUACGGAAAUGAGUGAGCGAAGUUAUGAAGAAAUCUACGAAAAUGAAGACGUUUUGGGAGCGAAGUUAGACUUAGAUUCCACCCCGCCCGUUUUGUCUUUCAUUAAAAACGGAGAAGACUUUGGUGAAAUUAUUUCCUUGAAGGACCAUGACAAAAACUUGGCAAUGUUUCCUCAUAUUUCUUUAAAAAACUGCAAGGUCAGGGUCAACUUUGGGCAGCGUGACCCUUGGUUUCCACUUCCGGAAGGUUUCGAGUUCAUCGGAAAAUUUCCGAUAGCUGACCUCGUCCCUGGGCAAGUACCGCCGGAAAUUAAUCGCGACUGUGAGGUCAUUAUGCUAAUUGGUCUACCCGGAUGUGGCAAAACAACAUGGGCGGUAACCCAGCAACAGGAACAUCCGGAGAAGCGAUAUUGCAUUCUGGGUACGGAUCUAAUCAUUGAAAAGAUGGACACCGGAAGCGGACAAUCUGACGACUACAUGCGGAGGUUCAAGAAGUUAAACAAACUCGCCGACGGCUGUUACAGCAGGCUUCUCAAAGAGGCGGGGAUGAGCAGACGGAACUACAUCAUCGACGAGCCCAACGUCUGCCCGUCCAUCAGAGAGAAAAAACUGAAAGGUUUCACCGGGUUUACCCGCCGGGCUGUCAUCAUCCAACCCAGUGACCUUGAACUUCAACGGCGCGCUGAAGAAAGAAGAAAAAACUUGAAAAAAAUUGUCCCGGAAUCGAACGUGCGAGAAUUGAAAGCCAAUUUCCGGUUACCUGAAGACGACUCGAAGUUGUUCGACUCGGUGGAGUAUGUGGAGCUUCAGGAAGAUGAUGCUAGGGAACUCGUAGAGAAGUACAACACGCGGAACAUGCACUACAAUAGGUUAGACAUGGACUAGAGGCAUUGUAGGGUACAACAUACACUACAAUAGGUUGGACAUGGACUAGAGAUGUAGGGGUACAACAUACACUACAAUAGGUUAGACAUGGACUAGAAGCUUUGUAGGGGUACAACAUACACUUCAAUAAUUUAGACAUGGACUAGAGGCUGUUGAUUCCUUAUGUGGGGAGGUUCGACUUGCACAAUGAUAAAUUAAACAUAGACUGGAGGUUCUUAAGACCAUUCCUUUUGUGUGGAUGUAUAACCUGCUCUACGAAGGGGCUCAUAAAACUUGAUGCUUCUUGUGGCAUGUACAACUUGCAGCAAGAGAUGAUAGACGGGGCCUAAAUGUUCUUUACUU